AUGGAGCCCGGGAAGUCGGCGCUUCCCAGGGAAGACAAGAAACACAAGGAAAAGAAGCUACAUAAGGACUUGGAAACGGAUGCCCCGGAGUCCAAGGAGCAGACCGGGGACCCAGACCGGGAUGCCAAGCGCAGGGAGAGGGUGGCAGGCAGAGACCGCCAUGGCUCCAGGGAGCACCCUCGUGGAGACAGAGACAAAGAGAAGCCACGGGAGAAGAGAAAGGACGCCAGGGACCUGGACAGAGAGAAGCUGAGGGACAAGGCCCGAGAGCAUGACACAGAGAAGCACCAGAGCCGAGGCAAAGAGCGGGAGCGUGAAGGGGAGCACCGGGUGCGGAGGGAGGAGCCCAAGCCCGCGGCCAGGCACCACAACUGGCCUGAGCACAGGAUGCGGUCAGUAAGUAAAGUAAGAACUGAAGAGAACGAGAGGAGAGAUGAGAACUCUGAAAGAGGAGAUGAAGAGAGAGAAAGAAGAUACCGAGAAAGGAAGUUGCAGUAUGGUGACAGCAAGGACAACCCCCUUAAUUACUGGCUUUAUAAAGAGGAGGGUGAAAGAAGACACAGGAGGCACAAAGAGGCUGAUCGAGGAAAGAGGCAUCCUGAGAAAAGCAGCACCAGGGAGAAGAGAGAGAAGUACUCCAAAGAAAAAAGCAGCCCGCUCUCCAAAAAUGAAGGGGAAAGAAGACACAAAGAGAAAGGACAUAAGGAAGGCUUUUCCUUGGAGGACGAGAGGCACCGAGGCAGCAUGGACAGGAAAGAGCGGCCAUCGAAAGAGGAGCAGAGGAAAAGGGAGCUCAAGAAUGUUGAACACAGAAACCAGGGUGGCAGUUCAAAGAGAGAUGGGACUGGCGGCCAGCAUGCAGAGGAUGUAGUGAGGAACAGUGGGAAAGAUAAAGACUCGAGAAGGAAGGAAAUUGAAAAGGAAGACAUUGACUUAGAAAAUGUUGACUACAUGGCCAAUUUUGAAGAUGAUUUUGAAGACUAUGAAGAUGACUUUGAGGUUUGUGAUGAUGAUAGCACGAAUGAGCCAGAACCAAAUGAGAAAAUAGAAGAACUUCCUCCAGCCAGAAAAAAGGAGAUACAAGAAAUUCAGAACGCCAUCAACGCAGAAAAUGAGCGGGUUGGCGAGCUGUCGUCGAAGCUGUUUCAGAAGCAAGGCCGAUCGGAGCGUGAGAGGGAGCCCGGGGCCGACGCAAACAGUUCACCUUCCAGAGCCCCUGUUUGUGGAAUUUUUGUGGAUUUUGCAACCGCCUCACAACGCCUAAAGAGUCGGACUCAGGCCCUUAAGCAAAAGACUCGCAGCACAAAGUUGCUUCGGCUCAUUGACCUGGACUUUUCAUUCACAUUCUCUUUCUUGGAUCUACCGCCAGUAAAUGAAUAUGACAUGUACAUCAGAAACUUUGGGAGGAAAAACACCAAACAGGCGUACGUGCAGUGCAAUGAGGGGAACGUGGAGCGAGAUGUCCAGACAGAGGAGAUGGAGACCAGGGAGGCCUGGACCCAGCACCCGGGGGAGGGCGCGGCCGUGGCGGGCGGGAGUGAGAGCAGAGAGCCAUCGGACGCAGUGGCUGUGCCCAAGGUGGACACGCUGAGACUGUCCAGCUUCCUCCGGGCGGCCUGCCAGGUGGUGGCCGUUUUGCUGGAAGAGGACCGCGUGGCAGCCGCCCCCAGCCGGGACCCCGGGGUCCAGGACAGCACCCUGCCCCUCAGUGACAGUGCCUGGCAGCUCAACACCAGCCUGCCCUUCCUGCAGUAUCGGAAAGUGUCCAGCUUGCACACCUCUCCAGCGCGGAGGCAGGUGGUGGUGUCCGUUCACGGGCUUCCCGGCCAGGCCUGCGCGCCCCCACUGGACCGAAGGCACCUGCUCUGCGUGUGGGACAUCUGGCAGCCCUCCGGGCCGCAGAAGGUCCUGGUGUGUGAGUCGCAGGUCACCUGUUGCUGCCUGAGCCCCUUCAAGGCCUUCCUGCUGUUUGCUGGAACCGUGCACGGCUCGGUCAUCGUGUGGGACCUGAGAGAAGACUCUCGGAUGCAUCGCUACGUGAAGCUGAGUGACUGCUUUUGGACAUUCAGGACAGCAACGUUUUCCACUGAUGGCGUCCUCACCGCUGUGAAUCACCGCAGCCCUCUGCGAGCCAUCGAGCCUGUCUCGGCGUCUGGCCACAAGAAACAGAGUUUUGUCCUCUCGCCCUUUUCUGCUCAGGAAGAAAUGUCUGGUUUGUCGUUCCACAUCGCUUCCUUGGACGAGAGUGGGGUUCUCAACGUGUGGGUGGUGGUUGAAUUACCCAAGGCAGAUCUUGCAGGCUCAAUAAGUGACUUAGGGCUAAUCCCUGGAGGGAGGAUAAAGCUGGUGCACAGCUCCAUGACGCAGCUGAGCGACAGCCUCACCCACAGGGGCGACGCCCGCUGGGCAGCCGCGCAGACACUCAACGUCAAGUUCUUGCCUUCGGAUCCUAAUCACUUCAUUGUGGGCACCAGCAUGGGCUUUGUGGGCCACGGCUGCAGGCAGCAGCUGAGGGUGUUUCCCAAAAGCUUCAAACCCCAGCAGCUCGGCGCGCGGCCCGUGCCGGUGACCGUGGUGGACUUCUCGCCCUUUGGGGAGCCGGCGUUCCUGGCUGGCUGCUGCGACGGGAGCAUCAGGCUCCACCAGCUGGCGUCGGAGCGGCCGGUGAUGCAGUGGGGCCUCGGCACCGAGGGCCGUGCCAUCACCAGCCUGCAGUGGUCCCCGACCCGGCCGGCCGUGUUUUUCGUCCAGGACGACGCUUCCUGCAUCUACAUCUGGGACCUCCUGAAAAGCGACCUGGGGCCCGUAGCCAAGCAGCCCAUCUCUCCAGACAGGCUGGUGGCCAUGGCGGUUGUGGGCGAGCCAGACAGGACCAGCGGCGGCUUCCUGGCCCUGGUGCUGGCCAGAGCCUCUGGCCACAUGGAUGUCCAGUUCUUGAAGAGGAAGUGGGUGGCCCCCAUGGAGGACGAGCAGAGGAGACUGCAGCUGCUUCUGCAGAAAGCGCUGUAG